UGAAAGAGAGCGCAACAUGACAGAGAGACCCGCUGGUGUGCCAACGUUGCGACUUGACACUCCUGGUCGCCGUCAUGGCCAUGUUUUUUACCCCCGAGAAGAUCCAGCAGCAAGACCUCGAAGCAUCUCUCGAACCCGAUCAGGUGAAACCCUGGUUGGUCCGGUUGGCCCUGCACCGCUGCUGAGAGCAGCCUCCUUGCCGGUGCUGCCGCGGGAAGCUCCGCGGGAAGCUUCGGUGGCUGUGCCAGUGUCAGGUUCAAUGAAUGCACGAGGUGACCUUGGGCCAAAGAGUCCGACGGCACGAGAAGUGGCAGUUCCCAUCCAACCUUCAACACAGGUGCUGUGCAGAGCAGCUUCGGAGUCCAAACUUCGGCCGACUCCAAAGCCUGUGCAGAAGGAGAAGCCUCGCAGAUCACCUGGAGGUUCAGAACCUUCACCACCACGGCAGUGGUCAUGGAAAUCACGGCAGUCAAGUCCACAACCCAUUCAGCGAGGUUUGGGAAAUGCGGCAUGUGAUGCUCCACCGGAGCGCCCCUGUUGGAGUCGAAUCGGCUGGCAAACCGAGCGAUACAGAGCACGUGGAGGUGAUGGCAGACACUGGGAUGAGGAGGAGGUGCCCAUUCCAAGGCCAGCUUCGCGUUUCCAUCGAGGUUAUUUGGCUGGAGAUAAGAUCUCACAGGCUCGUGCCAGCAUUGCUGCAAGGAAAUAUGCAGAACAACAUGCUGGGAGGUCGGGCCAGCUUUCCCAGCGAGGCAUGACACGCUCCACAAGAGAGAAGGAAUCGCCUGAAUUGGUGCUGCAAACCGGGCGAAAUGUGAGCAACCAGACUGGCAAAGUGACAGACAAAAAGAUGCACAGACUUCAGCUGUAUGUGCGUCCUACGCGUCUCCACCCGGUGUGCCACUGGCUGCCCGUCAAAAGACUCCUUCCUGCUGUUUCUCAAGCUGCGGCCGCGCCUGCUUUCUGCGGGCCGGCGAUGCAGAAGAAUGAAGCUGCUCUUGCAGAUAGCUCUGUUGAGCCCUGUCUUUGCAUUGAAGACCAGACUCAUUGUGGAGGAAUGGUCUCACAAGAUCAAUGCAUCGAGGACGGCGCAGAGUGGCAGACCUUGCCAGCUCCAUGUGUGGGAACAAAGCUGAAGGGCGGAGAUUUCAUUUGUGAUUCCGUCGAAUCGUUGGAUGAGUGCAACGGCAAGUACACUACGACCGGUGAAGGUGAGUUCCUCCAAUGUCAGAUAAGUGGUCCCAACUGCCUGGCAGCGGGGCCCUUCUGCAAGGAAUACCUGUCGGUGGAGUUGGAAUAUUUGAUUGUGGGAGGCGGUGGAGGUGGUGGUUCCGGUGGAGGUGGUGCAGGUGGUCUCAUCCAAGGGAAGGGGCUGAAGAUGAAGGCUGGUGAUUCCCUGGUGGUGAUCGUGGGUGGGGGCGGCUCCGGUGGUGGUGGCGGUUGGAAGAAAGCCAAGAGAAAUCCUGGCAACGGCGGCAUGUCGAAGUUGGGAAGCAUCGAGGCAUCUGGUGGUGGCCGGGGCGCUGGAGGCAAACGCUUCAAGAAGCCCGGCAGCAACGGCGGCUCCGGCGGUGGCGGUGGCUUUGACCAUCCCAAUGUGAAGAGGAGCAGCGGAAAGAAGGGCCAGGGGAAUGGUGGAGGCCGCAGCACCCGACGAAGCUACGGCGCAGGAGGCGGUGGUGGUGGCGCCGGCAAGGCUGGAAAGGACGCCAAAAAGAAACACUAUGGUGGUGCAGGUGGUGAUGGAAUUCCUUCAGAUAUCACAGGUGAAACCAAGUGGUAUGCUGGAGGUGGUGGUGGUGGAGUGAACAAAAAUGGCAACAAAGAGCUGGAGAACGGCGGUGGUUUGGGCGGCCGUGGUGGUGGUGGUAAAGGCAGUUCCUGGGCGAGCGAAGUGAAACAUGGCGCGGCAAGCUUCACAGGGACUGACGGAGAAGACAACACAGGUGGCGGUGGAGGAGGCACCGACCCCGAAUGCCGUGUGGGCGGUGUUGGAGGCUCUGGCUUAGUGGUGGUGCGGUACCCGUCUCCUGUGCCCCUGAUGGUGGGUGGUUCCAUCACCUCCAAGGGUGGCUAUCAGAUCCACUCCUUCCAAAAUGUGGGAACCUCCAAGUUGGAAUACGAUCCAGGUCUGAAGGCCCUUGAGCUCCAGUACCUGGUUGUGGCCGGUGGUGGUGGCGCCGGUGGCGGUGGCGGCGGAGGAGGUGGAGUGCUGCAAGGCGUUGUGACGAUCAAAAAAGGCGAAACAUGGAAAGUGAAGGUCGGAAAAGGUGGUGACGCCGGGCAAGGAGGACAGAAACCGGCCAACAACAAGAGGAAGAGGUCCACGAAAGGCGGCAAGUCCCGGCUCGGUCCGUUGGUUGCGGUUGGUGGUGGCCGUGGUGCUGACAGAUCUAAAAGUCCAGGAAGUGGAGGUUCUGGUGGUGGUGGACGUUGGGAUCAGAUUAAGAGAAAUCCCGGAUUUGCCGAGCCAGGACAAGGACAUCCCGGAGGUAUCUCCAGCAGAAGCAGCUGGGGAGGCAGUGCAGGUGGCGGAGGAGCUGGUGCUGCCGGGAAAUGCUCCCGAGGCAAACAUCGUGGUGGCCACGGCGGUGACGGGAUCCCCUCAGACAUCACCGGCAAGAUGAAGUGGUACGGUGGAGGUGGUGGCGGAGGAGUCAAUUACAAUGGCAACAAGAACUUGAAGGAUGGAGGAGGGAAAGGUGGCAAAGGUGGCGGUGGCGGCGGAUCCAGCUUUGGUUCGAAACGAAGUUCCAACACCAAGAAGUUCACCGGCAGCAACGGCAAGAAAAACACCGGUGGUGGAGGUGGCGGCACUGAUCCAAAUUGCAAGCGAGCUGGAAGCGGUGGCUCUGGCAUCGUUGUGGUGCGCUACAAGAGUGACGUGGCCCUGCUUCAAGGAGGUUCUGUCAAAGUCGUGAACGGAGAGCAGAUUCACACCUUCACGGAGGGCACAGAGACACUGAAGUUUGCUUGA